AUGGCAGAAGGGACCCGAUUUUCACAACUCUCUGAAGUUGUUACACAUUUGAAAAAUGAAAAUGCAGAAAUGAAGGAGGCCCAGACUCGACAGCAAACUUUGCUGGAAGAGCUUGUCAAGCAGGUUGGCAAUCUUGCCAACAACUACACAACCAUUUCAAAUACCAUAGCCACCAUACCCGACAAACAGUCCCACCCUCACCAUUCCAACCCAAGCAGCAGCCAAAAUCUUGAAAUGCCCAUAGAAUACAACGCUGGGCGUGAGAACAAAGCUGCAGAUGCCUUGUCCAGGAUGGGGAAUGUGGAGCAGACAAUUAAUGCAGUAACUCUCACAAAGUUGGAAACACCUUGGAUUGACAGAGUAAAGAAGGCUUACCCAGCAGAUGAGCUCCUUCAAGGACUUCUUAGGCAGCUCCAGGAUGGCACCCUCUCGGAUCACAAGUUCCAACUAUGGCAAGGCAUAAAGUCUAGGCUGCAGGGGACGCGGGUAGGGACCGGGCGAUGCAGAGAGGAGACGCAGAGAGGAGAAAUGGGUGUUGCAGAGCUGAACGAAGCUCCAGUGAAGGGCGACGCAGAGAGGAGGACGUCGCCUAGGGUUGGGCGAACAGCACACAGGGAGAACGACGUCGCCUAG